AAAAUUAGAUAAUAAAAAUACAAAAUAUGAUAGUUAUAUGUGUACACAGGUUAUGGAUGACAAUGAGUUUUUGGAAGAAUGGCUCGAUUUUCAUCUGGAUGUUAUUGGUUUCAAAAAUAUAUGUGUAAUUAACGUAGGACAACCAAUUUGGCCUAAUUUAACAUCAAAAUUCAAUAUUGUGUGGAUGAACAAGACUGCGCGAUAUCAAGAGUUUAAUCUGUGCAGAAACUGUUUCGAAGAAAUUCGUCCACAGGAUUUGUUGAUGGUAAAUGAUGUCGAUCAAUACUUAAAUGUACGUGAUUCAAAUUAUAUCUACGAUAAUUACGAUAAUUACGAUGGAUUUUACUUUGCCGAUUUUAAAUUCGGUUACAAGUACGAGGACACGCCAGACAUAGUGAAACAUGAACUGUUAAAGACGAAUGUUUAUCGAGGUCCCCAUCCUUGGCUUGGUGAAUUUCAUUCAAAAAAAUUAGAAGAACUAUUCAAUUGUUCGGAAAGAGGCGGAUGGUACUCGUGUGGCAUCGCCAGUGGAAAGUCGAUGGUUAAAUACGGUUUGGCCACGGAUUUCGGAGUUCAUUAUCACAAGACUCCCGCUCAAAAAACACUAUGGGUUGACUUCAAAAAAAUACGACUGAAUCACUAUUGUGUACGAACAAAACAAAACGGUCAAGAGAAGGCUAAAAAAUGGAAUAAAGUAGAUGAUAUUCAGGGAAUCAUUGACAUGAAUAAAUAUUUCACAAUGAUAUACGACGAUACUAUCAUUGAAUCGAAACGCAUGAGGUAG